AUAUUUUUUUCCCAGAAAAUGGCUAGUGCAGUUGAAAAUUUCCAGUUUUGUUGUUUUACGACUUUGUCUAAAUGAACCAUAUUUGAAUCUUUUAAACUGUUCGGUGUACGCAAUGAGGGCCAUACCGAAGUGGGUUGAAAAAAUCCACGAUCCUUACGACAAAAAUAACAUAGCCAGUGUGCAUGCUGUAUGUUUUCAUCCGGAUGGACUGCAACUGAUAGUAGGAGCAGGAGAAAAGGUCCUAGUGUAUGAUUCCAUCGAUGGAAAUAUUAUCAGUUCGUUAAAAGGUCAUAAAGAUACCGUUCACUGCGUAGCUUACGCUCGGGAUGGAAAAAAGUUUGCUUCCGGCAGCGCCGACAAAACCGUCAUUAUAUGGACAAAUAAGCUGGAAGGUCUUUUGAAAUACUCGCACAGUGACUCGGUGCAAUGCCUCUCGUUCAAUCCAGUCUCACAUCAGCUUGCUUCUUGUGCUGUGUCCGAUUUUUCAUUUUGGUCGUCGGAGCAAAAGGCAGUGCAAAAGUAUAAAACUCCGGCACGGGUGAAUGCGUGUGCUUGGACAAACGAUGGUCAAUAUAUAGCCCUGGGAAUGGCUAACGGGGUAAUAUCGAUAAGAAACAAAGGUGGGGAAGAGAAAAUCAAAAUUGAUCGCCCUGGAGGAGCUAACAGUCCCAUCUUUGGGCUUGCGUGGAAUCCUCCGGCCAGCGGAUCGGCAGACAUUCUUUGCGUUAUCGAUUGGAGUCAGACAUUGUCAUUUUAUUCGCUCGGCGGACAAGUUAUCGGAAAGGAACGUAAUUUCGGCUUUGAUCCCUUGAGCUUGAGCUUCUUUCCCGAUGGAGAAUUUCUUAUCGUUUCCGGAUGCAAUAAGGCUCUUCAGCUGUUCACGCGAGAUGGAAUUCGCUUGGGCAUGCUGGGCGAACAACAUGAAUCUUGGAUUUGGACUACCGCAGUUCACCCGACAGGAAAUUCUAUUGUUGUUGGUUGCCAAGAUGGUACUCUGGCGUGCUACAGUUUGGCUUUCAAUACCGUACAUGCAUUGUAUCGUGAGCGGUACGCUUUUCGAGAAAAUAUGUGUGACGUUAUCAUACAGCAUUUAGUUUCCGGACAGAAAGUACGGAUAAAAUGUCGGGAUUUAGUUCAUAAAAUUGCAAUUUACAGAAACCGUUUAGCAGUUCAGUUGCCAGAACGGGUUGUUUUAUACGAGCUCAGUUCAGCGGAGAAUCAACCCAUGCAUUAUAAAGUAAAGGAAAAAAUAGCUAAAAAGUUUGAGUGUAGUUUGUUGGUGGUUUGUGCUCAGCACUUAGUUUUGUGUCAGGAGAAAAAGCUGCAAAGUUUGGACUUUAACGGUGUCCUGCAACGAGAGUGGAUUAUGGAUAGUUUUAUACGGUAUAUUAAGGUAACUGGAGGUCCUUCAGGCUGUGAGGGGCUUUUACUUGGCUUGAAAAGUGGACAAGUUUGGAGAAUAUUUCUGGAUAAUUCUUUGCCUAUCCUUGUUACUACCGUUCUGUCGUCAGUUCGCUGCCUAGAUCUCAAUGCUACUCGAACUAAGCUAGCCGUAGUAGAUGAUGCUGGAAGGCUAGUUGUUCGUGAUUUGAUAAGCGAUACUAUGCUUUACCAGGAUUCUAACGUUAACUCAGUUGCUUGGAAUACGCAUCUGGAAUCGAUGCUUUGCUAUUCACACACCACUGGAGGUCUCAGUGUACGAGUCGGCGCGCUUCCGCCUAGAAGUCCACAAACAAUGCUCGGUGUUGUGGUUGGCUUGUGCGGGGCAACGGCAUUCUGUUUACGAGGAAAUGUUAUGAGUAAUGUCCCUUUAGCACUAGGUGCUACAAUGUGGCAGUUUGUUGAAGCAGGUCUAUUUGACGAUGCGUACCAGGUAGCCUGCCUCGGUGUACCCAUUGCAGAUUGGGAAGGAUUGGCCCAAGCGGCGCUCGAAGCUCACAACUAUCAGGUUGCGCGGGAUGCCUACGUUAAGGUGCGAAAUCUUCCCUGGCUCGAACUGAUUAAUGAUCUCAAGGAACGCCAGAAACGGGGAGAUACUGCAAAGGAAGUGCUACUAGCUGACACUUUGGCAUUUGCUGGAAAGUUUAAGGACGCGGCAAGGCUGUAUCAAAAGGCAGGAAACAACGCGAAAGCUUUAGCAAUGUACAGUGACCUUCGGAUGUUUGACUUAGCGCAGGAGUUCCUGAAAGAGGGUAGUGCUGCCGAUAAGAAGGAACUAAUUAGAAGGCGAGCUGAGUGGGCUUGUUCUGUUCAUGAACCGCGAGCAGCCGCUGAAUUAUUACUGUCGGCUGGUGAAUCAGAACGAGCUAUAGAAAUCGUGGCUGAACAAGGUUGGACGGAUGUUUUGUUGGAUAUCGGAAGACGUUUAGGUGCGUCAGACAAAGAACCAUUGGAGUUGAUUGCUACUCAUUUAAGAAACCUGAAAGCAUUACCUCUGGCUGCGGAGAUCUAUCGAAAGCUUGGUGAAGAAGAGCAAGUGGUGCAGUUGCACAUUGAGGCUAGAGAUUGGCCAGAAGCUUUUCGACUUGCUGAACAUUUGCCAAAAAUUUUACCAUCCGUUCACUACCAACAUGCAAAGUGGUUAACCGAGUCCGAUCAGUUUAUAGCCGCCCAUGAAGCGUACGGUUUAGCUGGACAGCCCAAUGAAGCUACCAAAUUGUUACGAAAUCUUGUGGAAUGCGCUGUGUCCGAGGAACGUUAUUUAGAUGCAGGUUACUAUACAUGGUUGAGAGCAAAGCAAAUUUUGAAACUGUUGGAGGAUGAUUCUGUUCUAAUGGAAGCGAAACUUUUGGAAUAUAAAUCAUUGUUAAAGCUGGCAUCCAUAUAUUAUGCUUAUAGCACUCUCAAUUCCUACUUGAAGGAACCAUUCACGAGCAGCCCACCCUUGACGCUAUUCAACACAAGCCGUUUUGUAGUUAAUCAAAUUAAUGGUGUUACUCCACCCAAAGGAAUAAGUCUUUUUGCUAUUUACUACACUCUUUCUAAACAAGCUAAAGUACUGGGAGCCAACAAGCUACAUCUACAAAUCAAUAAUAAGCUGCAGUCCUUGAAGGUUCCAGCCGGGAUUCAAGAACAAGUCGACAUUAGUUAUAUAACCAGCAGAUCUUGCCCGGGCGGUUUUAAUGAUCCGGAGGAAUUUUUGCCCAUGUGCUACCGGUGCUCUAACUACAGUCCGCACAUCCACGGAAACCGCUGUCCCAAUUGCAACCAAGAGUAUGUUUUCUCUUAUGUUUCAUUCGAAAUAUUGCCACUAGCUGAGUUCGGUGUGGAAACUGGAAUUUCGGACCAAGAAGCCGAACGAUUAUUGAUGGCACCACCGAAGUUCAACGACUAUGACCAAAUUGACCAGUUUAUAAAAGAGGAUAUUGUCGACGCCUUUUCGGCCAGCCUGAACAGAGAUGCGUUGCGAGCUAUUGAUCCGCGAGAGGUUAUCAUUAUGAAAGGACCGAAACCCUUGCCAACCAAAUUUUACCGUAAUCUCUUACCCGAAUUACAAAUAACUGUUUGCCCCGAGUGUAACAAUGCAUUCCACUCCGAAGACUUUGAGUUGCAGUAUCUACAGAAAGGGCACUGUCCUUUCUGCAGAAUACCAGAGGAAAAUUUAGUAGGAUAAGUUUUAUCACAAAAGGCCGCUGCCUUACCGUACUUGAGCACAACGAGUGCACCAAUGAUUUGUGAUCUCAUUCCGUCCAGUAUGAUAAUGUUUUUAAAUAUAUUGACACAUGUGUCUUUUUUCUG